CCGGCCUAUAUAUGCAAAGGGAAACCACCUCUCUCACCUCGCAUCAUUCAUCGAUCAAGCAACAACAACUGCUCAUUAAUUAGCUAGCAACCAUCAUCGAGACAGAGAGAUGGACGAGCGGCGCGGCGCAUCGUCGGGCGGCGCGGCAGAGCUUGAGCUGCCGGGGUUCCGGUUCCACCCGACGGAGGAGGAGCUGCUGGAGUUCUACCUGAAGCAGGUGGCCCACGGGAAGAAGCUCAAGUUCGACAUCAUCCCCACGGUGCAGCUGUACCGGCACGACCCCUGGGAGCUGCCGGGCCUGACGCGCAUCGGCGAGCGCGAGUGGUACUUCUUCGUGCCGCGCGACCGCAAGCAGGCCGCCGGCGGCGGGCGCCCCAGCCGCACGACGGAGCGCGGCUUCUGGAAGGCCACGGGGUCGGACCGCGCCGUGCGCUGCGCCGCCGACCCCAAGCGCCUCAUCGGGCUCAAGAAGACGCUCGUCUACUACGAGGGGCGCGCGCCACGGGGCACCAAGACCGACUGGGUCAUGAACGAGUACCGCCUCCCCGACGUCGCCGCCGACGCAUCCUCAUCCUCCUCCGCCGGCUCCGGCAACGUCGUCGUUAGCUCACCCAAGGAGGACAUUGUGCUGUGCAAGAUCUACCGCAAGGCGGUGUCGCUCAAGGAGCUGGAGCAGCGGGUGGCCAUGGAGGAGCUGGCGCGCGCCUCCUCCGCAUGCACGCCGUCCGUCUCCCACAACGACACCGCCGACUCCAUGUCGUCGUCGGACCAUCACCAGCAGGGCGGCAGCGGCGGUGUACAGGGGGAGAUCAUGGUGAUGGGCGUGGCCAUCCCGCCGGCGAGCGUCUGCUGCAUGAAGAAGGAGGUGAUGGCCGAGUCGACGGCGGUGCUGAGGCCGGCGACGCUGAGCCUGCCGCAGCUGGACGUGGCGAAGCAGCCGCCGGCGGCGCAGCAGCAGCAGGAGUGGAUGCAGGAUCCAUUCCUGACGCAGCUGCGGAGCCCCUGGAUGGAGAGCUGGUCGCCAUACUACGCCAGCGUCCUCAACUUCUAAUAAUCAACCCAUCCAUCGCUCCAUCGAUCAUCACAUACAUAUCUGCUAGCCAUCAUAUUCUUAAUUACAGAGAGAAUUAUGAUCUACUAGUAUAUACAUAUAUAUAUAUAUAUGUAGGUUUACAUACAUACGCGUGUACGGAGUCGAGUUUAUUAGAUGGCUAGCUAGCGAGAUUAUAUUA